AUGCAGCAGAAACAGGGGCAGUCACAAGAGCAGCAGGGGCAACAGAAGCUCCCGCAGCAGCAAUUUGCCCAAGCACAGGAUGAAGAAGCAGCACCUGCAGCCGCCGCCGCUGCUGUCAGUGGUGAUGCGGAGCAGAUGGUUCGUGAGUUGCGAGAGAGCAGUGCAAGGCUGAAGGCGGUAGGGCAGGACCCGCUGCCUGAUGCGCUGCGAUUGGCCGAGGCUGCCAAAGCUCAGGCUAGGAAUGGUGGCUUGAGGGAAGAGAGGGAAGACGUUCAGAGCAGUAAAGUGAGGGGAAGGGGAAGGAAGGAGAGGGUGGGUUUGGAACAGGUGAAGGAGGAGGAGGAGGAAGAGGAGGGUGAGGAGGACAGGAGGACGAGUGAAGUGGGCAUGAGGAGGGAAGGGAAGAAAAAUAUGGAAGAAGAGGGAAGGAGAGUAGCUAGUGAGACUGGGUUGGAAGUUCUGGGAAAAGGAGAGGGCGAGAGAAGAAGGCGUGGUGAAGAUGGGAGAGAGGAGGAUGGAGAGGGAAGGGAUGGGGGUGGAAGGAGGAGAAGGAUGAUGGACCCUCAACCAACCGCACGCAUUCUAGAGUGGUCUGACGAUGACGGGGAGUUGGAAGAGACUCCAGAGCCAACCAAAUCCUUUACAAGCACCAACCACAUGCUCCAAUGCCAUGUUCCAAUCCCUUUCACCAUUCCCAUACAUGCUCUUCCCAUGCAGUGGUCUGAUGAUGACGGGGAGUUGGAAGAGACGCAAGAGCCAGCUCAACCCCAAGGCCCCAGCAACCGGCAUGGCCGCACCAGCAUGCCCGCCACAGUGCACCUACGAACGCCCUCCGCCCCCCACCUCUCCCCUCUCAACCUGCAUGCCGCUGCUGCUGGUGGCUCUGCUGCUAGAAGUGGUGUGGAGCAAGGAGUGAGGCGGGGAGGCACUGUGACUGCGACUGGGAAGCUGAGGAGGCCCAAGCGGCCGUUCAGUGCAGAGGAGACCAACACACUCAAGAUCGGCGUCAUGAGGUUGAGGUGA